UUUAGGCUCCGUGACAAUCAAGGGAGGGAAGAACUUAGGAAGAUAGGCUUUCCUCACUUUUUCAAGUCCUUUUCAAAGUACAAGUUUGCUGUACUCACUCUUCUCAACGUUUAUUCCUAGGGAGUUCCCUUUGCCCUUUGGUCAACAAAAGAUCUUUCACACAACCCCACCAGGUCCUGAGGCUUCUUAGAGUCAUCAAAAUCCAUUCUUUUUGCUCUGCUUUUGUAGAGCCCUGUCCUGGCCCCUCAAACUGUUGGACUUCUCCGAGAAAGCGAUAUUUGUGCCCAAGAGUGGAGUCCAGAAAUGUGAAUAUAAAACCAAGUCCUGCGGCUGACUCAAGCACGAAAGUUUGAGAGCCAUGGUUGCAAGACGCGCGGUUCCAGACCGAACCCGGGUCUCGACAUGCCCACCUCUUGGGCUGUCGGGUAACAGCCUUUUUCCAGGCGCUUCCUUCCAGACUGGCGACCAAAACCGACGCGAUACCAGAUAUUCCUCUAUUUUAUGUGUGCCUUCCAGAACAUCUCUUGUGGUAUCCACUACUUGGCUUCUGUGUUCUUGUCAGUGUCCCCCCAACAUGCCUGCAGGCCCCCAGGCAAUGUGAGUCAGGUUCUUUUCCAAGAUAUCUCUGGUGUGAGGUUGGAGGACAUCUGGACCCGGUUUUCCGUAGGCCGCGAAGAUCGCAUCAUAGUGCAAUUACAGAACGGGGAGAUCUGGGAGCUCACGAGCUGUCACAGGUUCCGGAGGGACGACAAGUCGAGUUUGAACCAUGAUUAUAAUGGCCAUAAGAGUAGCUUUCCUUGCCUGGAUGGCUACAUCUAUGACAAGAGCAAGUGGCGCAGCACCGUGGUGACUGAGUGGGACCUGGUGUGUAACCGAGAAUGGUUCGGAAGGCUGAUCCAGCCCGUCUUUAUGCUUGGAGUUCUGCUGGGAGCGGCAGUCUUCGGCUACCUUUCUGACAGGACUGGAAGGCGAGUUAUCUUGUGGACCACAAGCAUUGGGGUAUUUCUGUGUGGCAUAGGAGUGGCAUUCACAUUUGAUUAUUACAGCUUCAUGAUUGCACGCUUUCUUCUUGCUAUGGUUGGAAGUGGCUAUCUCGUGGUGGUGUUUGUCUAUGUGACGGAAUUUGUUGGCAUGAAGUCCCGGACGUGGGCAUCCAUCCACUUGCAUUCCUUUUUCGCGUUUGGAACCAUGGUGGUUGCUCUGACAGGCUACUUUGUCAGGACCUGGUGGAUCUAUCAGAUAAUUCUCUCCAUGGUGACCGUCCCCUUUGUCCUAUGCUGUUGGAUGCUCCCAGAGACACCCUUUUGGCUUCUUUCAGAGGGAAGAUAUGAAGAAGCACAGAAAGUCAUUGAUAGGAUGGCCAAGUGGAAUAGGACAAGAUCCUUUAAGCUGUCAGAACUUUUAUCCCUGGCUGGCAGUGGUCCUGCUGGUACCAAGGCCUCACCAGUUGAGAAGCACAGCUUAUCAGAUCUCUUUUAUGACUGCAGUAUUGGAACAAGGACACUUAUUGUUUGGCUGAUUUGGUUCACGGGGUGUUUUGGGUUCUACUCCUUCUCCUUGAAUUCUGUUAAUUUGGGAGGCAAUGAAUAUUUAAAUUUCUUCCUCAUGGGUAUAGUGGAGAUUCCUGCCUACAUCUUUGUGUGCGUCGGGAUGGAUCGUUUGGGGAGAAGAUGCAUUCUGGGUUUCUCCCUUCUCUCAAGUGCAGUGACCAAUGGUGUGAUUAUGGUGAUCCCCCAGGAUUACCAUGUUUGUCUAAUGGUGGCAACCAUGGCUGGAAAGUUUUCCAUAGGGGCAGCCUUUGGCCUCAUUUACCUUUACACAGCAGAGCUGUAUCCAACCAUUGUAAGGUCACUGGCCGUGGGGAGUGGCAGCAUGGUGAGCCGUGUGGGAAGCAUCAUGGCCCCGUUCUGUGUUUAUCUCUCCAGCAUUUGGAUCUUCAUGCCACAGUUGCUUGUUGGAACUUUUGCCUUCAUGAGUGGAAUACUAACAUUCAUGCUUCCAGAAACCCUCCGGAAGCCUCUGGCAACUACUUGGAAAGAGACUGAAAAACAGAGCAGUUCAGACAAAUGAAGUCCCACAACCAAAAAUACGGCAUUGAAAAAUAUCGAAGUGAUUAACUCUGGGCGUUCUGGUCUUAAGAAAUAACCAUGGCUGGUGUGCUGUCUAGCACGUGAAAUAUUAAUGCCUUUGUAUUAGAGGAACAUUAUUCUCAUCUCCUGCAUGUCGUGUAUAUGUGUCUUUUUUUAAAUUUUGUAAAAGGGUUUUGAAAAAAUUGUUUUGUAAAA